AUGAGUGCCUUAAAUACCAUAUUUAUAACCAAUCUAUCCACAUAUACAACAAGGCAUCAUAAUGGCAAAAGGUUUAUUAAUGACCCUGGAGAGCCAAUGGCUUCUAAAUCCAAUGUAAAUUGGUUUUCAAUAUUUAAGUUUGCUUUCCAAAAAGAUUAUGUUGAUCCAAUGCCAACACGUAACAUGACAUACGAUUUUAAUACGAAAACCAAUGCGACAAGAGCAUGGUGGAUCAAUCAUGCUACAAUGUUAUUCCAAUUGGACGACAAAUAUAUUAUUACUGACCCUAUUUUUGAUGACCAUGCAGCUCCAUUCCCAUGGAUGAUAAAACGAACAUCACCAACCCCAAUUACUAUGGAACAACUUCCAAAGAUUGAUUAUAUACUUAUUUCUCACGAUCACUGGGAUCAUCUGAACUAUUACAGUAUCAAAACCUUAAUGGGACUUAAUCCAAACUGUACAAUUAUCGCUCCUCUUGGUGAAGGUCAAUUAAUCAGAAAAUGGGGCUACAAAGUUAUCAUCAUGGAUUGGAGACAGCAAGUUAAGCUUGGCGACAUCAUUAUUACAUGCUUCCCAGCAAGACACAUGGCAAACAGAUAUGGUCCUUUGACAAUGGGAAGAGAUCUUUGGGCCUCAUUCUUAAUAGAGUUCAAGAACGCCACAAUUUACUUCACAGGAGAUACAGCAAUCGGUCCACACUUCAAAGAAGUCAGAGAUUACGUUGGCCGACCAAUUGAUUUGUGUCCAAUGCCAAUUGGACCACAAGAACCAAAUUCCCUUAUGAGAUUGGUUCAUUUGGAUCCUAAGCAAGCGGCUGAUAUGUCAAAAAUCCUUCAAACAAGAGUUUCUUUCCCAAUUCACUGGGGAACAUUCCCUCUUGGAACAAAACCAGAAAUUCCUGAUAUCAUUGUACUUUCCCAGUAUUGGAAUGAGAAACAAUCUGGUAAAUUGAUCGUUAUUAAGAAUGGAGGAUAUCUCGAGUACGUCAAUGGUGAAUUCAAGCUUGUUGAUGAAACAUCUCUUAUCGAACAAUCAUAUUUUGAACAACAAUUUGUAGAAUACGUUCAACCAAAGCUUCCGGAAGAAUUAUAA